AUGCCUCCUCUAGUUCGGGUAAUGCGCCGAUUCACUGCCUCCGCAAUUACCCAGAACUCCAACUUGCACUUGCGAACAAUCUCAAAUGCCGCUGGCAAAACAAUCGAAAGUAACGAUAGAGUUCCUGGUGCUCUGGCUGGUAUAAAAAUAUUGGAUCUUUCCCGUGUUCUCGCUGCACCUUUCUGUACUCAGAUUUUAGCCGAUUAUGGCGCACAAGUUAUCAAAAUCGAAGACGUUGCAAAAGGCGAUGAGACGAGAGGGUGGAAGGCUCAAGGUGAAGAAGACGCAUGGAAAUCUGAAUAUGGACCGAUGUCAAACUAUUUUGCGGGAGUGAACCGGAACAAGAGAUCAAUCUGCUUAGAUUUGAAGCACGAGAAAGGCAAAGAAAUUUUCAUGAAACUGGCAAAGGAGGCGGACGUGAUCAUCGAGAACUUUAAGCCUGGGACAAUGGACCGACUUGGUCUCGGAUACGAGUUUGUGAAAAAUAUCAACAGGCGAGUUAUCUAUGCAACUCUCUCCGGAUACGGGCCCGAGGGCCCCUAUGCCGACAGAGGGGGUUAUGAUAUGAUUGCAGCUGCUGAAGGAGGGCUUCUCCACGUCACCGGGCCCAGAAAUGGCUCUCCCGUCCGUUGUGGCUUAGGGGUAACAGAUAUCUCGACAGGAUUGUUUCUUCACGGGGCCAUUCUCGCAGCCAUAUACUCGCGAGAGCGAACUGGUCUUGGACAGAGAGUGGAUUCCUCUUUAUUUGAAACGCAACUAGCAAUGCUCACGAACGUUGGCAUGGGUUGGCUCAACAUGGGUCUUGAAGCCGAGCGUUGGGGCUGCCAACAUCCCAGCAUUGUUCCAUACGAUGCCUUCAAGACAAAGGACCUGUAUUUUGUGUGUGGGGCUGCCAAUGACGGCCAAUUCAAGGCGUUAUGCCGAGUUUUGGGCUUACAGGCCUUGGUUCAAGAUGACAGAUACACAACCAACGCAAAGCGCGUCGAGAAUCGGGACUCUUUACUUUCGACUCUCAAUGAAGUUCUUUUGACCAAAACCACGGAUGAGUGGCUUGCAUUGUUCAGAAAAAGUGGACUACCUCAUGCACCAAUCAAUACUAUUGAAAGGGCGUUUGCACAUCCCCAAGCAGAGGCGAGAAACAUGACCUUCAAUGUUGAUUUUGAGCCAGCCAAAUCGGGAAAACUCACUAUGAUUGGGCCUCCUGUCUCAUUCAGUGAGGAUAAGCCGUUGUUCUAUUCCAAGCCUCCACUUCUCGGUGAGCAUACGCUGGAUAUACUGAGGGAAAUAGGCAUAUCAGAGACGGAAAUUGAUGACCUGAAGGCAUGCAAGGUUGUGAGGGAACAAACUAAAGGAAUUCAAUGA